CGCCUUCUCUCGUGCCGGGAGUCGCGACUCGCGACCAUAGCACAUAAGCACAGAAUAAUUAUUCUGUGACCAUAGUUACUACGAUUAAAGAUAUAGUAACUGACUAAUAGUGUUUCUGAAUGAUUAGAGUCAAAACUCUAAAGUCGCAAGCUCUCAGACCGCAGUUACGAAAGUUCAGUGUUGGGAUUGACAGUGGUUUGUGACAAAUGAUAGCAACAACGGUAAACGGCUAGAUAGACGCUCAAAAAUAAUUUGUGAUGGUCCCAUCCGUUACACUAUUACAGUGAUUACAUAAACUCCGACAGCUGCGAUAUUGUUGUUAUUGUUACUUACUUGAAUCGUUUGACCACAUAUUCUACUUCCACUAUUGUAAAGAACGCUUUUAUAAAGUAUUUGAUCAUGUCAAAUCAAUCACCAUCUAAAUCAGUUACGUCAAAUCAAUCGCCAUCUAAAUCGGAUGUGACAAAUCAAUCACCAUCCAAAUCAGACGUGACAGUUCAAUCGCCAUCCAAAUCAGAUGUGCCAGUUCAAUCGCCAUCCAAAUCAGAUGAGACGAAUUGUUUAGCAACAGAAAACACUAAUCUCAUUGAUGUAGAACCACCAGCUGAUGAAUUUGAAUGGAGUUUAUCACUUCAGAGGUGUCUGCUAAUAUGUAUGAGACGUUUGAAGCCUUGUGGAAUUCACAAAUAUUUAUGUAUGGCUCUUAUACAAGAAAAACUAAAAAAACAAUUCAAUGUUGACUUACCAUGUAAUGUUAUAUGGGAUUAUUUGGCAACUCAGUGGGAUCUUAGAGCUGCUGAUGAAAUUGAAGGUAUUAGUUUUGAUACUAGUAAGAAACCUUUUGAGUUACCAGAAGAGUAUGACCAGAUAGAAGAAAAAGCAGCAGAAAAAAUUAAAAAAAUGUUAAAAGAAAGUUCAAAUGAUGAUAUUCAUAAGAAAAAAAUAUUAAAAGAAAGUUCAAAUGAUGAAAUUCAUAAGAAAAAAAUGUUAAAAGAAAGUUCAAAUGAUGAAAUUCAUAAGAAAAAAAUGUUAAAAGAAAGUUCAAAUGAUGAAAUUCAUAAGAAAAAAAUGUUAAAAGAAAGUUCAAAUGAUGAUAUUAAUAAGAAAAAUAUAUUAAAUUGGAGUGGUAAAACAAGAUCUAAAUCUAAUUCUAUGUCUUCUGUAGAUUCUAAGGAAGGUCUCAAUGAGACAACUCCUUCAACAUUAUUAGAAAGCUCUUCAGUUAAAACAAGUGAAGAGCGAUCUGACGAUGGUCCAUGUACUAGAAGAUCAUUGCGUACAAAUGACAAACUAGAAAAUAAUAAAUCUGAUGAAAAAAAUAAAGUAAAAGACUUGAAACAAAUAAAUAAAAAAAUACCAAAUCAAUCUAAAGAUAUAGAGAAGAUUGAUAAAAUCUCAAAUCUUAGAGGUCAAAAAAGAAAAAGUAGAAAUGUAUCAGAAUCAAGUUAUAGUUCUGAUAAUAGUAAACAGCGUAGGAGUUAUAGAAAUAAUGUAGCAGAUUUAGCUAUUUCAGAUAGUUCUUCUAGAUCAGUAACUCCAGAGAUUUUGAGAGGUAAAACAUCAAAUCGUUCUGUUACACCUGAAAUUACUAGUAGAAAAUCAAAUUUGCGAUCUAGCGAUGAAGACCAGAAAUCAAAACUUACAUUAGAAAAAGCAUGUCUAAAACAUGGUCAAAAUGUUGAUCUGGUUUUACCAGAAGUAAAAGUUGAACGUCUACAACAUGAAAAACAAAAUGCACCUUCAGUAGAAACAAAAUCCAAAAGUUCGGUACAGAGUAAAAAUGAAGCAAAUAACAAAGCUAAAGGUAAAACACGUAAUAGAGUAACAUCUGAUUUAUUAGUUGCUCAACAAUCUCCAGAUUUACUAUCAUUAGGUAGGCGCUCUUGUAGUAACAAAAAUUCAGAAAAUGCAAAAAAUGAUAAAUAAAUUCCAUAUGAAUAACAUUUUUUUAUUAAAUUAUAUCUAUAAUAUAAUAUUUGAAUGUAUAACUUGUUUUUAAUUUCGUACAUUUUUAAAUAAUAUAAACUUAUAGUAUUAAUACAAUUUGUGAUUACUGAUUACAAUAAUUUAAUAUGGUAUUUUUAAUAUAUUAUGUAUGCUCAUUAAUUACUAGAACUAUACUCUGUCCAGCGAGAAAACGCGCCGCAGACCGACCAAAAUCGGUUUUUCUGCGCAUCCCCAAACGUCUCCCUGCCAUAGGAAAACUGGUUUCGAUAGCUGCAGGAAGGUGCAGGAGGAUGCGGAGAAUCGGUGCGUUCUCUCGCUGGACAGACUAUAGAUAUUUAUAAUUUAGGAAUGUUACUAGUACCUACCUACACAAUAUACAAUUUUUAAAGAAUUGUUAUUUGAUAAUAUUUGUUCACACUAAUGUAAUAUGUUACAUAUUUCUACAAUAAUUACUAGUUUGUUGUUUAUAUGUACAUUGUACAGUUUUUUUGUAUAUUAUACUUAUUGAUUAGCUUAUACUGACUAAUUGUAAUGUAUAAAAAUAUUGAUAACAAUCAAUAAUAAAAUAAGAAAAAAUUUGA